AUAGUUGAAUAUUCAAAAUUAACAGCAAGUAUAACAUUGAUUGGGAUCUUAUCACAAUGAUCGUGGCAUGAACCCUAAAUCCUCAACAUGUUUGAGUGCUGUUUUUUUUUGUCUGAUACACGCCCUUGGAUGAGUUCAGUGAAUGGCCAUUGGCCAGUCUCUUCUGAACCAACCAGAGUGUACUCUUACUCUUACCCAACACCCAACGAAGCACUUGCAGUUUCAGUUUCAGUGUUGAGGAAGAAGAAAAGAUGGAGUGGUGGAUGUCAAUGCCAAAGAGAACUCGCUAGAGCUUUGUGGGACAAGGGUCUAAUAGAUUUUUCCCAAGUGGAGCAUGUUAUCCUUAAAAAUGAUCACAUGACUGUUACAAGAAUUGUGAAUGAAGUUGUUGAAGAUUUCGCAUCAGAAAAGGUUGUCUAUCUCGAAUUGAGAACCACCCCAAAGAAAAACGAUUCCCAAGGAAUGAGCAAACGUUCUUAUGUUGAAGCUGUAUUGGAAGGGAUAAGAUCUGUCAGCUCGGUUGAUGUGGCUUUAAUUCCUUAUACUGAGGAUCCUAGAAAUCUUUUAGAAUCUCUGCACGCAGCUACAAAUGAUAAAUGUGAUGGAAAUAGUAGGAAGAAAAUCUUUGUUAGGCUUCUCUUGAGUGCUGAUCGUAGGGAGACAACAGAAGCAACUAUGGAAACUGUCAAACUGGCACUGGAAAUGAGGCAUUUGGGGGUGGUUGGAAUUGACCUAUCUGGGAAUCCAAAGGUUGGCGAAUGGUAUGUCAAUCUAUCAAGGACUCUAGCAUAGUAAUUCGUAAUGAUGCUUUAGAUCAAAGUCUCCCGUUAUCUUUUUUUGGAAAAGAUACUUGCCAGCAUUGAAAUUCGCCAGAGAACAAGGUCUUUUUGUAACCCUUCAUUGUGGAGAGGUUCCUAAUUCAAAGGAGAUACAAGAUAUGCUCGAUUUUGUUCCCCAUAAUCGGACAUGCUUGUUUCUUUGAGGAGGAACACUGGAGAAAGUUGAAGUCUACUAACAUUCCGGUUGAAAUUUAUUUGCUUGCUCACGUCCAUUGCUGCAACACAGGCAAGCAGCUUUGAAUAGCGUGAAAGGCUCACUUGGAGAUUAACUAGCAUUUAGAUCCGUCGUGAUUCCCCCUCCAUUCUAUGUAAUUUAAUGAAUUAAUAACAAAAGACUGAAAAAAUUGGCAAAACAUAGGCCAAAUAUCUAUCUAUUAAUAUAUAAUAAGAAUAUAGUUGUGAUAUUUGCUCGACAAGUGGAGUGUUCUGUGUUUGACACGUGGAGCUGUGUAUGAUUGACAAGUGACUUUCAAGAAGAGAAUAUGAGAGAGAGAGUUGCCAGUUCUGAUAGGGGGAGUAGUUGGCACCAGACUUCCUCUUUUGAUGUCGGCAGAGAAGAGAAGAAGAAAAGGUCGGUGAAGAAAUAAAGCACGACGGAAGAAGGAGAAGUGGGUGGCGAUGACAACGACGGUCACAGAGAAGGAUGCUAGAUCGACAGAGAAAAGAAGAGGAAUGAGGCGGCGACGGCGGUGAUGGAGGUUACUGACGCUGUUGGAUCCCUAGAACUGCAUCUACCGCAGAACGCCGUCGCAGCCGUUCCUUCGCCAGGGGAUGCUGCGAAUGAAGGAUGAACAUCUGAGGUGGUGAUUGACCUGCAAUUGCAAGUAAAAUUUUUAGUCUCUAUAAUUCUUUGUUGUGGUCUCUGAUGGAGUCUUUGAUUAUGCCAACAAUGUCCUCCAGGAACAACUUCUCCGACAAAGCUCAAGGUGUGAAAUCUGCUGCAACGUGCUCCGGCUGAAGUUGCACCUGCCAAAGCGGUAUGAAUGAUUCAUCUGCCUUAAUCGCUAUUUUUUUACCCUUUUUUUGUUUAAAUUGGAUUUUUUUUCUCUUCUUUAAUUUGUUCAGUUUAAUUCUUGGAUGGCACUCUUUAAAAUUUAACUAAGUUUAUAUGUAUUUAAAUAAUUUUGAUCUUCCUUUUCCUUCCAUAACUAACUUCUGUAUAUUUUUUUCUGAGUUUUCUUUAAAAAUGAGUUUCAUACCAUAUAUAAAUAUUGAAAACUCAAGGGCACAUAGAUAAUGCAAACGGUUAAAGUCAUGUAUUACAUGCAGUAUUUUGUGAAUAUGCAGCAAUAAUACUAAUAAUAGUUGGUAAAUUAUCUGCUUUAAUUUUCUUUUUCUUCUGCUAUACAUGCAUGAUGAAUGUAGUUUUCCAUUUUUUAUUUUGUACUGUGAUUUCUAUUAACUCAGUAUACACCACUGUUGCAGUUUUAUGUUAUGGUUUGUUGGCAGUUUUUUAAUCAUUGAACCAUGCUCUUGACUAUUUUCUAUAAGUCUGUAACUAUAACAACUUGAAAAUUAUAUAGAUUUUCUUUCCCCUAUUUUGUAAAAUAAAAAAUUUUAUAGUUAACUAAUUUAAAAAUAGGCCACUACAUGUAAAACAAACAUUUUUUUACUUUUUUAGUUAACUAAUUGAUUGUUAGCAUUUUAUUAGAGAAGAGAUCAUGAACUUGAAUUCUACAGUGAUUCCAUUAGCCUGUGUACUAAAGAGUUUAAUCGUAUCUUUUUUAUGUGCCCUUAAUGUUAUGAAAUUGGAUGUAGAUCCUCGAUUGCGGUUUAAUAGAAGAAGGCAGAGAUAAUAGGAGAUGUAUUCAUCCUAAUUUUGUAUUAUUGCUGAAAGUUUUCAAUUGCUCUCUCUUGCCUUUUGUGUUGUUCUUCCCUCCCCCUCUGAUUUGAACAACUGUGUUUUCAAUUUUAAAGAUUUUAUUAUCAGCUUAGAUGAUAUUGCUUGAGUUGUUCACCGUUCAAUUUGUCCCAUUGAUCUUUAGAGGUGAUGUAGUUAUUGUGCUACUAAUAAUUGAAAUUUUAAUUAUUAUAAUCGACAGAGUAUGGAAAUGACUAUGAGAUUAGCAAAUAUAUAAUUAUUUGUUGCACAUUAAAGAUACAAAUUUGUUGUCUUAACAUAGAUGUCGACAUAGAUAAAAGAACUUCUUAAUCUAAGGUUUAGUCACUGCAUUAUUAUUCAACUUUGUUGGCCAAUUAUAAAUAAUUUUACUUCAUUAAAACUGUCAUUGCAGUGUUUUUUAGCGAGCACAGAAACCAAGUUCAUGGUAUAUAAUUAUAUCACUGGCUUUGUUGCA